CGUGGGCUGCGGUGCCUGAGAACCCGGGAUGGCGGCGGUGGCUGCGCGCGCCGGUGGGCUGCUGCGGCUCGGGGCUGCAGGAGCGGAGCGGCGGCGGCGCGGAUUGCGCUGCGCUGCGCUGGUGCAAGGCUUCUUGCAACCCGCUGUCGAUGACGCGUCCCAGAAGCGGCGGGUGGCCCACUUCACUUUCCAGCCGGACCCAGAGUCCCUUCAGUAUGGGCAAACUCAGAAAAUGAACCUCUUCCAGUCAAUAACAAGUGCCUUGGAUAACUCAUUGGCCAAAGACCCUACUGCAGUAAUAUUUGGUGAGGACGUUGCCUUUGGUGGAGUCUUCCGAUGUACUGUUGGCUUACGAGACAAAUAUGGAAAAGACAGAGUGUUUAACACCCCGUUGUGUGAACAAGGAAUUGUUGGGUUUGGCAUUGGAAUCGCGGUCACUGGUGCUACAGCUAUUGCGGAAAUCCAGUUUGCCGACUAUAUUUUCCCUGCCUUUGAUCAGAUUGUCAACGAAGCUGCCAAGUAUCGAUACCGCUCUGGCGAUCUUUUCAACUGUGGGAGCCUCACCAUCCGGGCCCCUUGGGGCUGUGUGGGCCAUGGGGCUCUUUACCAUUCUCAGAGUCCUGAAGCCUUUUUUGCCCAUUGCCCAGGAAUCAAGGUGGUUAUACCCAGAAGCCCUUUCCAGGCCAAGGGACUUCUGUUGUCAUGCAUAGAAGAUAAAAAUCCAUGUAUAUUUUUUGAACCUAAGAUACUUUACCGGGCAGCAGUGGAACAGGUCCCAGUAGAACCCUACAAGAUCCCCUUGUCUCAGGCCGAAGUCAUCCAGGAGGGCAGCGAUGUGACUCUGGUUGCCUGGGGCACUCAGGUUCAUGUCAUCCGGGAGGUGGCUUCCAUGGCCCAAGAAAAGCUUGGAGUGUCUUGUGAAGUCAUCGAUCUGCGGACCAUUGUGCCUUGGGAUGUGGAUACAGUUUGUAAGUCUGUGAUCAAAACGGGGCGACUGUUGAUCAGCCACGAGGCGCCCUUGACAGGCGGCUUUGCCUCUGAGAUCAGCUCCACGGUCCAGGAAGAAUGUUUCUUGAACCUAGAGGCUCCAAUAUCUAGAGUGUGUGGAUAUGACACCCCGUUUCCUCACAUUUUUGAGCCCUUUUAUAUCCCAGACAAAUGGAAGUGCUAUGAUGCCCUUCGCAAGAUGAUCAACUACUGACGACUGAGAAAACCAGGAAGAUCAUGACCAGAUAUGGAAAUAUUUUUCUGAACUCUUUUUAUAUUUCCUUGUACUUCUUUCUUCUCACACGUGGUUUUGUGAGAUGAACUAUGGCGGAUACUGGCUGACGAGCUGCGAAUUACUUAUCAUGGCUGUGUAAAGUGGAUUCCUGGAUCUAGUGCAUGAGGGUAACACUUUAGAGGGCACAUGGGCGGUGAUCUUACGAUUGUUUCAUGACUACAAAUAUCCGGUGGUGUUGUGUUCAAUAAAGCAAAAUGGCAUCGCCCUCA